GACCAAGUGGACCAUGUGUGUCCCCAGAUCGGGGAUAUAGUAGUCUACCUGCCGUGUCAGUGCUGUAGUUGCAAUCUGUCCGGAGAUAAAGUCAGAGCAUCGUGGAGCGGAGAGAAGCGGAGGGGAGGAUUUCAGACCUAAGCAACACCGAAACAAGACCGACACACCAGCCCAGCAUGCCGAGGUCUUUCCUAGUGAAGAGCAAAAAGGCCCACAGCUACCACCAGCCCCGGUACCUGCACGACGACUACAGCAGACUGGACACUAUUCUGGCUCAAGUGUGCCAAGAGACCAAAUCUCAGGCGGAGUUUGAGUCCAACUCGGAGCCGCAGGAGGAUGUGUUACCCGGGUCCAGGCUGCUGUCUCCGGGGUCGCUCUCCUCCAGAUCCCCGCUGAGCAGUGACCGAUCCUCCGACUGUGAUUUCUGGCGUCCCCCGUCUCCCUCCUCCUCACCAGAUUCAGACAAAUGCUCCACUCCCUCAGCAGAGGACGGCAACCACUUCAACAUCCCCAUCUUCCCUUACUCCUGGGCGUCGUACUCCGGCUCUGAGCUGAAGCAUCUGGUUCAGGGGCCUUUCCACGGCCACCUCCAGGGCCAAAGGGAGCCUCACUCACCCGACAGCAUCUACACUGCCGAGGACAGAGGCUCGGUGUCCGGACGAUACCAGGACUUUUCUUCAACUGCGCACCAAAUCUGCAAGAUUCGGGAUGUAGACAACAAGCUGUAUGUGGAUGUAAAGCAGAAGUCCUGCGGUGCAGAGAUCAAGUCUGAAAAAGAUUUUAUCUGCUCUAACAUCGAGUCAAGUGGAUCCUAUAAGUGCAUUAAAUGUUGCAAGGUGUUCUCCACACCUCACGGGCUGGAGGUCCACGUGCGGCGCUCGCACAGCGGGACGCGGCCGUUUGAGUGCGGGAUCUGCGGGAAAACCUUCGGACACGCAGUGAGUCUGGAUCAGCACAGAGCGGUUCACUCGCAGGAAAGGAGCUUCAGCUGUAAAAUCUGCGGCAAAAGCUUCAAGCGCUCCUCCACGCUGUCCACGCACCUGCUCAUCCACUCAGACACUCGACCCUAUCCGUGCCAGUACUGUGGGAAGAGGUUCCACCAAAAGUCAGACAUGAAAAAACACACUUUCAUCCACACAGGUGAGAAGCCACACAAGUGUCAGGUGUGUGGGAAGGCCUUCAGUCAGAGCUCCAACCUCAUCACGCACAGCAGGAAACACACCGGCUUCAAGCCUUUCGGCUGCGACCUCUGCGGGAAAGGUUUCCAGAGGAAGGUGGACCUGAGGAGACACAAGGAGACGCAGCACGGACUCAAAUGAGCAGACUUCCAAGCUUUAGCAUGAAAUCUUGCACUUUUAUUGUACUCUGAUUAUUCAUAUGGUCGUGUUUUAUUUUUAUUAUAUUGUUGGUUGCAUUGGCCUACUUUCCCCCCCUUUUUGUUGAAUGUAGUUAAUUAUUUAG